UGACGCCCUUCCGGCGGGAAGAUGGCGGCGGCGGCAGCGGCCCCGGGGCCGGGUGAUGGCCCCGCGGCGCUCCCGGCCCAGCCGCUGGAGCUGAAGAGCCAGUUCCGCACCCGCGAGGGCUCCUACCGGCUGCUGGGCCCCGAGCCGCGGCCCCGAGCCGGCCCCGCCGCCGCCCCCGGACCGUCCCCGCCCGCUGCCGGCCCGGGCCCCGCCGCCGCCCCCGGCUCGGCCGCGCUACCCCCGGUGCGGUUGUCUAUGGUGCGACUGACGCUGCCGCCCGCCGAGGAACCCGGGGGCCCGGCCGAGCGCAGCCGGGUCUGCUUCAACCUGGGCCGAGAGCUCUACUUCUACGGUGGGGCCGGCUCCGGUGGUCGCGGCAGCCGCCGGUCGCUGGACCUUCACAAGCCCAUCGACAAGCGCAUUUACAAGGGGACGCAGCCGACCUGCCACGACUUCAACCAGUUCACGGCUGCUGCUGACACCAUCGCCCUCCUUGUGGGCUUCUCCGCCGGGCAGGUCCAGUGCCUCGACCUCGUUAAGAAGGACGCCAGCAAGCUCUUUAACGAGGAGCGCCUGAUCGACAAGACGAAGGUGACCUUCGUCAAGUGGCUGCCGGAGACGGAGCGGCUCUUCCUGGCCUCGCACGCCAGCGGCCACCUCUACCUGUAUGACGCCGAGCAGCCCUGCGGGGCCGCGGCCCCCCAGUACAACCUCCUGACGCAGGGCGAGGGCUUCAGCGUCUUCGCCUGCAAGAGCAAGACCCCCCGCAACCCCCUCCUCAAGUGGGCGGUGGGCGAGGGGGCCCUCAACGAGUUCGCCUUCUCGCCAGACGGGCGCUCGCUGGCCUGCGUCAGCCAGGACGGCUGCCUGCGCGUCUUCCACUUCGACUCCAUGCUGCUGCAGGGCAUGAUGAAGAGCUAUUUCGGGGGGCUGCUCUGCGUCUGCUGGAGCCCCGACGGCCGUUACGUGGUGACGGGGGGAGAGGACGACCUGGUGACCGUCUGGUCCUUUGCCGAAGGGCGGGUGGUGGCCCGAGGUCACGGCCACAAGUCUUGGGUCAAUGCCGUGGCCUUUGAUCCCUUCACCGGGGCGGCGCAGAGCCCCCAGCCCCCCGAGCUGAGCGGGGGUGAGGAGGAGGACGAGCCCGCCGACCCCCUCACCCGCCGCUCCCCCGCUGUCACCUACCGCUUUGGCUCGGCCGGCCAGGACACCCAGUUCUGCCUGUGGGACCUGACCGAGGACGUCCUCUACCCCCGGCUUCCCCUCUCCCGCGCCCGGACCCUCACCGGAUCGGCAGACGCCGGCAUUCCCGUGCCAGGGCUGCCCCGCUCACUCUCCCGCUCCAACAGCCUCCCGCAGCCGGCGGGGACGGGCUCAGCCCGCGGCCCCCCGCCCGACGUCCCCCCGGCUCUCAGCGUCGGCCGCUUCGCCACCUUGACGCUGCAGGAACGCAAGGGACCCUCCGGCGCCGAGAAAGAACACAAACGCUACCACAGUUUGGGCAACAUCAGCCGGAGCGGGGAGAAACCCCCUGGCGGGGCCGGCCCCCGGGGGCGGCUGGACACGGCCAAGGUGCUGGGGACGGCGCUGUGUCCCCGCAUUCACGAGGUGCCGCUGCUGGAGCCCCUCGUCUGCAAGAAGAUCGCCCACGAGCGGCUGACGGUGCUGCUCUUCCUGGAGGACUGCAUCGUCACCGCCUGCCAGGAGGGACUCAUCUGCACCUGGGCACGGCCCGGCAAGGCCGGACUGUCCUCGCAGAACGGCGGCUCUCCCAGCGGCACCGUGGUAUAGCUGUCACUGUUACCGUCACCCGUACGUACCCCCGCAGCCGCCACCGCUCCAGGACACCACUCCGUCCCCGUACUACUGAGCCCCCCGGGUGGGCGGGCGGGCGCCCCGUUGUCCCCACGGCCACCCGCUGUCCCCUGUCCCCGGUGGGGCGGUGGCACCGCGGUGUCGCGCCGGCGGGGCGCCCUGUGCCUUCGUCACUUUAUGUCCCCGCCACGGCGUGGGGCCACCGGGCUCUGCCCUUAUUUAUACUAAAGAGACUCUUUUCGCA